CAUCGGUCGAAACAGGUCGGAGGGCAAAGUUCGAAUAUUAUGAAGUACGGGAUUUAUCUUAGCGCGGCCAUGUCCCAACUCUUCUACAUCUGUUGGUUAGGGAACGAGCUCGGCUACGCGGUAAGAAUCGAUUAAUUAGACGGAUCCAAUUUUUUUUAAUCUUCAAACGAAUGAAAUUUUUAUAAUCGGAUCAAGCGAUAAUAAAGCGAAUUGUGUGAGAAAGGAAGGACGAAUCAUCGUUCGAAUUAUCGUUCGUAGAGCUCGACGUUGGACAAAAAUCAAUGGUUCUCGGGCUGGUGUAACGAACGUUUGACCGGUAUCGGUCAGGUGUUCACGUUGUCCACGGUGUUCACCAGAAAAUCGAUAAUUCUAAGAGCGAGCGUAUUUUACGUUCUGUCCUUGGAGACUUUUAUCGCGGUUCGUGGAUCAGAUAUAUGAUAAUUUUAUUACGCAAAACACAAAAGACCGUCUCAUCCGAACAAUGCGUAUUCACGUUGCAGAUUAUAAAGAGAUCUUACUCGUUUUUCACCUUAUUGAACAACAUGGAUUUAACGGAUCAUUAACAUCGUCGUUUCUGCCGUCUUUAUUGCCGUAUUAACAUACAAGAAGGCCGUGUCUACCCGCAAAGGGGAAUCGAUUAUAAUAUUAAAACUGUUAAAAAACGGUAAACGGAAGCUUUACCCCAACUCUUCUCCACGGGUAUCGCAACUAUAAAAGUAAGAACAUAUAAACCCUAUUUGUUGAAAAAAAAAAGAUUCAUCGAUGUUAAUACAUGCUCUCGACAAUCUGUUCUCUCAUCGCGGAUCGAGGAAUCCUCUUCCGAUAUUGCAAAAUUAUUAAUCGGGUAGAAUUGUUCUAUCCGUUCUGUACGUUAAUGAUAACGUUACAAUAAUAAAUCUAUCCGCAAUUCUCAAACUCUGUCAAUGUUUGAAAGAGAGAAAGAGAGAGAGUGUCAAGAAAUUGAACAAAUUAAUUCUUGAUUCACAUCAAACGGGAGCUGAUCGAAUCCGAUUAAACGAAAGCAUCGAUCGAUUAAUUUAUCAGUAGGCGCGAAUGUAGGCGAUAAAGUAUCGAUAAAGUCACAGCUCGGAUCGUUAAAACGUUCGAGUUAAAACGUAUAUAUAUAUAUAUAUAUAUAUCAUUGGCGGGCAAAGAUGAUGGAAGAAGUUCGACGGGGUAAUUAAACGGCGAACGCCUUUUACCGCCCUCUGCCCAUCCUCUACCCAUCGGUGUGUGAAACACGAGAACGGCUCGUGUCUUACCAGGACUCUCCGCUCCGCGUUUUUUUCAAUCUCCCGUUUGAUCUGACCGAUCACUAUCUCGCCCCUGAUUUAUAGCGCCCCACCCGCCUUCGUAACGCGGCUUCGUUUCAUUUAACCCGGGCUUACAUAAUAAAAUAUCACUCCAACUCCGUUGGCCAACCAUUAAACAGAACGCUGUUCCCGUUUUCACCUCGGAAGGUGACGGUUUCUUCUCGAACAGAUCGUUAAAUUAUUAUCUACUCUAGAGAGAUAUUUCUAAAGGAAAGUCCUUUCCUUCAAUCGUCUCAGAGAUGAUAAGUUUGUCGUAGCGUUGAAAAUUCAGAAGGGACGAUAAAUCGUAGAGUAUAUCUCUUCUUCAUAUUCCUCUUCUUCUUAUUCAUCGACAUAUUUAACAGCCUGCUCGAUAAAUUCUUCUGCAGGAGAGGAGGAGGGCAUUAAAGUUUCAUUUCGGUUCGUAAUUCAAUCGUUUUUCCAAUUCUUACAGGGGGCUCUAAUCUAUCACAGGCCUUUCUUAGGAAAGUAAUUACUCGUAUGUACAAUUGGCUCGAAGUGGAAUACGAUUUUCUGCCUCGUCUCGUAUCGAAAGAUUCGCGUGGCGAGCGAAGAGGAAAGAAGAGGAGGGAGGGAUGUGUCGUUGUUCCCCCGGCCAUUCCACCGGCACUUGCUUCCUAGACAGAUGGUCGGUCCAGCACAUGUUAUCUAACUGUAGGUCCCUUUCAAGCGUCAUUUCUAUGUACGCCGGUAUCGUACGUCGGUUUCCACGGCGAGGCUGUCGCUCUCUCGCCGCGGCGUCCAUUUCUUGCGGUCGUUUCUUUUCUUCUCUUCCCCCCCCCCCCCUCGGCAGUGAACAACGUAUCGUUGAUUCUCGUUCUCGUACUCUUCGCUGGCUGUCGCGGGAAAAAAUCGUGUCGACGAUUUUCUCGAAAAGAAAAGAAAGAAAAGAGAGAGGAACAAUAAAAGAACGAUUAUUCCGAUAUUGGAAGGGAUAUCGAGUUAUCUCGACUCGAAACUGGUUUCUCCAACGUGUUAAUACGUUAUUACGAGCUUUAACCGCGUUACGCGAAAGUAUUAAAAAAGGAAGCAUUUUCUAUGCUUGUAAACGUUCAUUUCCUUUUACGUCUCUCUUCCUCCUCUCCCUUAUCUCGUAGAAAUCGCGUAUACGAUCCGCGAUAAAAAAAGAGGAAAAGGAGAAGGGAUAUGUCUCGCGGAAUGCAAAUAGGAAAAUUCGUUUUAUUGGCCAAUAAUUCGUUUUAUCGCCCACUCUAAUGUGAAUUUAUCGCGAGACAAAUCAAUGCGGCGAACACACGCGCCAAUAAAGAUUUAAAGAAGAAGAAGAAGGAAAAGAAAAUUGGAGAAGAAUCGAGGACGGGGAGGGAUUACGAUCCGUUAGCGUUAAAAAUGAAGCGUGUACCGCGUGUGGUCCCGCCGAUCUCUUUCCACUUAUCGCGCUGAAACUCGGCCCUCCCCCUUCCCCCUCUUCUUGCCGAGGGGACAGCAUAAAUUUUACCGGUGAAAUUUUCGUACGAGUCCUUUCAUCUGAUUCUCCCGAAAAAAAUGAUCCGCUCGCCUGACCCGUGCCUUCAUCCUUCUUCUUCCUCCUCCUCCUCUCUUAACUCUCCUCAGAAACUGGAGUAACAGAUUCCAAAUUCCAAAUUCUCGCUCCUUCUCGUGUCGAAUUCGUAUCGAAUCGAGAAACGGUUGAAGAAAUUUUUGUAUCCAACUUGGAUAAAGAAGAACAGAGGUUUGAUUCGCGGGAACGAAAAUUCAAAUUAGGGGCUAUGAGUCGGGGAGAGAGAGAGAGGAGAGAGAGGAAGAGGUCGAUGACAAGGUAGAAAACUUAAUGGAUUUCGCGAAAGCUGGCUGCGAUUAAUUGGAUCGGUUUAAUGAAUUUUUAUAGGGGCGAACGAAUCGGUCUCUCAUCUUUUCUUUUUUUCCUUUUAAUUCGAUCGAGAAAAAUUAAUAGGCCAUUUUUCUCCGUGGGCGUUCCCUUUCAAGAAGGGGAAGGAUGGGACGGAAAGCGAGAUCGAUCGAUCAUUUCUUCGAUCGUAUCGCCUCGCGGUAUAAUAAACACUCGGACGUUUCGUAAAUGGAGGAAAAGUUGCGGCCCGUCUACUUGUAAAUACUUAAUAAAAAUUUCCAACAUUCGUGGUUCAUUCACGAGGAAGAGGUAUGCGCAUUCGAGAAAUUAUUACAUGCCGUGUAAAAGGAAAAAAAAAAAAGGAGAGAGAGAGAAAAAAAAGGCGCGCUCGCGUGCUCGCCGUGUACCGUACACCGUGCAUCGUGUAAAAAUUUGAAGGCAUCUCGAUCGUAUAAAGUUGCGUAAACGUUGGAAUUCGACUUAUCGGAUAAAAAAAUAAUGGAGACACGCGUGAAAGAAAACUGGACGGAUGUCAAAAAAAAGAAUAAGACAUCCGUGGAAUCCGAGGAUUCGAGGGUUGAUCGAUUCGAGGAAGAAAAGAAUCGAGCGUGAUUUACAAGAUCGAAGAAGAAAAAGAAAAUGGAGCAAAUAUACCCGGUCGCCGUAAUCGUAAAUCUAUUUAAUCUCAGGGAACAAAUUUUUGCAAAUUCCGUUAACGGUACCCGCGUAGCCCUUUCGUCGAUUUCACCCAAACGUCAUUAAUCCCGAAUUUUACGAGUGGAGAAAUAUUCGCGCAUUACUCACUGCGAAAAUUUAAUUUAAUUGGAAAUCGAAUUCAUUAAAAUUCCAAUACUUUGCGCGCGAUCACAAAAUCAUCCCGAUUCCCAUCCAGCUCAUCUCCCCUAUUUGGGCCAAGAUUAUCUUUAAACCGGAAGAGCGUGUACUCGUUAAAAAAAUACCCGAGGGAAAAAGAGAGAUAGAUAGAUAGAAAGAGAGAGAGAGAGAGAGAAGAAGAAGAAGAAGAAAUGCAAAAAAUACAAAAAUACCAAAGAUUACUCUUUAAUUUAAUUUAAUUAAUCGAAUUCAUUAAAAUUCCAAUACUUUGCGCGCGAUCACAAAAUCAUCCAGCUCAUCUUCCCUAUUUGGGCCAAGAUUAUCUUUAAACUGGAAGAGCGUGUACUCGUUAAAAAAAUAUCCGAGGGAAAAAGAGAGAGAGAGAGAGACAGAUAGAUAAAGAGAGAGAGAGAGAAGAAGAAGAAGAAACGCAAAAAAUACAAAAAUACCAAAGAUUACUCUUUAAUUUAAUUUAAUUGAAAAUCGAAUUCAUUAAAAUUCCAAUACUUUGUGCGCGAUCACAAAAUCAUCCCGAUUCCCAUCCAGCUCAUCUCCCUAUUUGGGCCAAGAUUAUCUUUAAACCGGAAGAGCAUAUACUCGUUAAAAAAAUACCCGAGGGAAAAAGAGAGAGAGAGAGAGAAGAAGAAGAAACGCAAAAUACCAAAGAUUACUCUUUAAUUAUCUUCCGGGUGGUCAGGUGAAUAUUCGCUACCCGGCACCCGGAUAAAAACAGCAUCUUUGAUUCUACGGCAAACUGCUCGUCCCGAUGUAACCGUAUAAUCUCUCGAAACGGCCUGUCACGAUUGUGCGCGCGUGUUGCGCCCAUUUCCAAGCUACGCUAUUCGCUUAAAAUACACACGGUAUUCCACUCUAUCCUGAAUCGUGAAUCUCGGGGAAUCUUAAAAAAAGGAAAGGAAAAGAAAAGAAUACGCUUAUUCGAAACACGUUGCCGAACUCUUGUAAAACUCGAUCCAUAUCGGUCGAUAAAUCCCGAAGAAGCAUGGCCUCCCGAAAAUUUUUGCAAUAAAUCUGUCCGCGGGAUCGAAAUCCCUUCCUUCCAGCUGCGAGCAGCCACUCUCGCGUCGGUCAAAAAUUUGUGAAAGGAUACGUAUUCUUAUCCCGGUUACCGUGCCUACGAUUAUUCCACGAGGAAUACAUAACGUGUGUAUAUGUAUAUGUAUAUCGACCGUCUUAUCUCGGAUAUAAAUUAUAAUUUUCGUUGAAAUAUCGGGAGAUGUAAAUCGCCUAAGUUCGACGAGCAAUAAGAGUUAGGCGCGUAACCGGCUGGUAAAAUUCAAUAUUUAUCAUCCGAUGCUUCUUUAGUCUGGCUUCUUUUCUUUCGCCUGGCCGAGAGUAAAGAAUUAUAUAUAGUAGUCGUGCACGCACAAACCUUUUCUCCCCUCUUCUCGCCUCUCAGCAGCUCGCUUGUUGAAACUAAGACUGAUCGUCUAAAGUCGAAUAAAAAGAGAAGAAAAGGAAUCGAUCGAUUUCUACGUCUGACUUUUCUUCUUUUUUCCCAUCUUUUUCUAACAUCUCCUUUUCGUUUUCUUCCAUCAAGUUCGAAAAAUUCCAAAAAUUCGAUUGGUUUUACCGAUUAAGUAUCGUAAAUCGUUAAUUUAUAUCUAUCGAUCUUUGGACGCGAUAUUCCGGUUAAUUAAUUUAGAUUAUUCCCCGGCUAAUUAUCAUAUUAAACUUUUUUUGAUAGUCAUCGUAUACAGUGACCAUAAUAUGCUGAUGUGGAUCUUCAAUUCCAAAUCUAUGUUCGCGCAACGGAUUUUUUUCUUUUUUCUCUUUUUGGAACGUUUCGAUAUGUGGUCUAAUAAAAAAAAAAAAAAAAGGAAUCUUAAAAAUUAUUUUGCGGAAUUCGUUUCUCCACUUUCGUGUCGAACAAGUAUACAACAAGUAUAUAUAAUAAAUGUCCCAUUCGUGACUAUGAUUAUGAUAAUCUGCAAAGUAGAAACUGGGCCUGGUUGCCCGGUUGAGUAGGCACGUGUUCGCCCGUGAACAACGCGGCUGAUCGUGAAAAGCGUCGCAAACCUUGUGUUCCUCUCCACGAGGAGAGUCGUCCCCGUUUCCAGCCUUCUUUUCUAAUACGGAUCGCUAAACAAACCGUCUUUCCACGGAUGAUCGGUGUCCACGACGAGUGGAUCCUCUUCCUAUAUCUUCGAUCGCUCUUUCGAAACUCGAGCUUGUAAAAAGAAAAACUUCGAUCAACAUAACGCAAUUUCUCUUUCCGUUUCUUUCGUUUGAUCCAAGGAAGAUAACACUUUUGACAUUGUUCUCGCGCAGAUGGAUCGUCUCGUUUCUUUUCUUAAGCGAAACGAUUAGAACGAAGAAGGUGAAGGAUAACAACCCGUCCGUCUCUGCCGGUGUUAAACGAGAUACUUACGUCAUGGAUGAAGUGCGCCUUCUCUAGUGUCUUCUCCAAAGGCAAAGAUCGAGAAAAAAAGUCGGAGGCAAGUGGGAGAAAGAAACGAAGGAUGAAGUGUCGAUGAGUGGAUCGCUCAUCUCGCUCCUCCUUCAGUGGGACGAGGAAUUGUGACCGCGGGAGGCCGGGGACAAGUUGCAUCCGUUACUCGCGCGCGCCGUUCGAAACGGAAGUAUCGGUAUGGAAGUGGAAUGGAGGCGUCGCGGUUCAUCGUACGCUUCGUGUUGCAUCGAAGAAGAAUCUGAUUAAUAUUAUUAAAUCGCUUUAUCACUUAUCUUCGUAUUCGCGAAUUUCUCUAUAUUAUAUAUUAUAGGAAGUUGAAUUUUUUAAAGAGAAAAGAAAAUUUAAUUUCGAGAAUUCUUCUUUCUCGAACAAUAUUCGACUGAAAAGAGUCUUUAUUGUCUUUGUUGUCCGCCCGAUCAGGGCCACGAUGCCGCCUUGACAUUACCGUCUCUCCCCCCUCUCCUUUCUCCCGUAAAAAUGACAGUCCAUUCUUCCAGUGUAUACAAAAUAAGUUAUACCGUAGUGCCACGCGCAGGCUGGAUCCUCCUCUCUUUUGGAGCAAGAAUGCCAGCCGAGUGUUUCUCGGCCGGAGUCGAUGACAUCGGCCUGGACGUAGAUCAAUGGCCAAAUGCUAAUAGUUACGUACGUGAUAAACGUUCCUCCCAGUCUUUUCUUCCUCUGUCGUGAUGAUAGAAAGUCGAUGAAAAAUUAAUUCUCCAAAGAAGGAAAAUAGGAUAUGAUGUACACCGUAUCGGGAACGAAAUAGGAAAUUCGAUAUAGGAAAACGAGUGCAGAAUAAAAGAAAGAAGGAAGGAAGGAAGGGCGAAUGUAACGAUUUGCUAAUUUGGCUACGAUUAGCCUAGGCGCGAUAAUCAAAAAAAUAUAAAGACCAGAGGUGUUGAGGGAGGGAAGGGGGAUCUAGCGAUGGAAGCGUGCCUCUAUCGUGAAAAGGGAAUCGAAAUAUAUAUAUAUAUAUUUUUCACGAAGUGACGAAAGUCGAGGAAGAAAACGCGUUCUUAGUCGAUUGAUAAACGGAUAACGAAGCGUUUGUUGGAGGGAUAUCUCGAUCGGAAUCGCGGCGAAUAGAAUCUAAGAGGCGCGAAUAGAUUGGAAAGUUGCGCGAAAGGUUCGAGGCCAUCGCUCGAGGUUGGCGUCAUCUAGCAAGACGAGCAACCGAAAGAGAAAGAAAUUCUCCGAGGGAUCGCGACGCAGGAUCUGAAGAGGGACGAGGAAUCACAGAGGAGGAAAGAAGCAGGUGUGGUGGAAAGGAGACGGAGCAAGAUGGUCGUAGCUCCGCUUGCGCUCUCAGGCACAAACUACUCGACCACCAGCCGGCACGGAUCCGAAACCCUACCUUCUCUCUGCUUGCCUCUGGUUUACAACUCGCCUCGCAGAAUACGUUCACCUUGCGCCCUUGGGCCCACGUGACAACCCUCGAACACCGCUCGUUCGAAUUUCUUUUUCGCCAGAGAGGAAGGAAAGUUCAAGGCUCUGCGCUUCGCUUCGCUUUGAAACGCUUUGGUUCGAGAAGAGAACAGGCCACCUGUUUUUCGUUGUAUUUCGUUGCAACACCUAUCCGAUCAACCACCGCUCUCUCUCUCUCUCUCUCUCUCUCCUCGUCUCCUCGUUCCUUUUCCUCCGCUGUCAUGAGUUCGAAUGAGACGCACAGUUUGCCGGUAUCGAAGCGUCCUGCGAACGAUAGGAUGUGGCUCGAAAGAUCGAUUCUGAGAUUUUGAUCGAGUGACUUGAUCUUUGUUUUCACGACAAUGUGGGGUUAUCCUGUGCGAGGCGAGCUUUCGUAGGAUUCUUUUCCUCGCCGUGGAGUGGCCAUCCCCUUUCUCCUUCGAGUGAACGACGCGUCGUAUAUGGAAAAAUCGAUGGACGAGAUCGAUCCCGGUUCCACGUGAGAAGAGCAUGGACAGAGUUGCGUUGGCAAGGAGAGAAAGAGACAGUGAAGAGGACAGGAAAAUUUUGCGGGGGAGAAGUGGAGAAAGAUCAUGAUUAUCCCGACUGUGUGAUAUCCCGUCUUCUUGACGAACUUCGUGCACGUGCUAUCAUCGAUCUUCAUCGUACCUUGUGGGAUCGAUGGGAUUCACCGCAUGGCUCGUCGAAUUGAAAGUUGAAAUUUAACAGAAUGCAGCGGAGAAGAUGCGUCUUCUAGUCCUCGUCCUCGCGGGCAUCUUGAACGUUCUCGUGUUUGUUGGUUGUCAAGAGCUUUCGGUCAUCAGGCACUCCGAUGGAGACAUUUUCACGUUGGAAGGUUCCUGCACGGAGGCUUGCACGGUGCUCAGCAGCGGAACGGCCAGCCCUUACACGCGUAGCCCUUCGACCGCGGGCCUCGUCCCUCCUAACAACACUUGCACCUGCCAGUGCAACUACGGCCUUCCCACCUUCCGGGAGGAUCUUCACAUCUGCGUGAACGAUAUUCACGAAUGCAACGUUGCUGGUUUCGUGAGCGGCACAGGCCAAGUCGAGAGGGUGCCAUACGUGUUUCUACCUCAACGUGGCCAGAUAAUCUAUCCUCACGCGGAAAUACGCUUCGAAGGUGUGACCACGCCGGUUUGCGGGAUAACUGGGGCUCAGCAAUUGGGACGGGCAGGAUGGUCGGAGUUGAGGAAUCUUUCGGACACCGAGCCACCCUUCAGGCUGUUCCGUGACGAGGGAAGAACGUUUUUACAGUGGAUCGGCGAAACUGGGCUGAGAGAAGCGGCCGAGGGUCGCGUGGUCACAGCGAAACUCGUGUGCAGAGACGCCUCUCAGAAGUCGAAGCUCCCCGGUGUCUUCACCCCCUGCGUGGCCUUCAGGGUGGCUGGUUCACAGUCCAAAACCAACGUUCGAGAGGUGACGUUCUCCUCGACGACGCAACUGUCGCAAGGUCUAUCCGCGACCGAGUACACGGCCAUCGGCCUCUCCUCCGUCAUCCUUGCGCUGAUCUACGUCGCGAGCGUGUCCCUGUACCUGCACAGCAAGAAGGCGAAGCGGAAGAUCGUGGACGAGCCGGAAAUAAGCUUGGCCCCUGGCCGAGAAGUGGGCGGGUUGGUGAAGAGCAACCCUUUGCUCGCUGCUUCCAGACACUUCGAGAGCGAUACGAACAGUGGUUUAACGGAGAGCGAUCUGGGGGAUGAUCUUCCACCGAGCGACGGUGAACAAGGAUUCGAAAAUGUUACCUCGGCUAUUGUUCAUCCCCAUUGCAUUUACAUGGAACAGUCCGAGGCUUGCUUUGGGGCUGGAUCCAUUCUAGGGGAGAGAUUGCCAGAAGAGGAUGUGCGAGUCGUGGAGACGGUGGACAAUCAACAGGAUGUUCCCGUAUUGCCUGGAGCUCAGAGAAGAAAGUUGUACUUCAAUCCCGCUUACUUCGACAGACAAUUGUUGCUCGCGCCUCCUCCAGCAGCUAUCGAAUUUCUUAUAAAAAUUCGGGAGGUCAUCUCCAUAGCGAAGCACAAAAUGGCUGCAAAGAAAUUCGUCCCUAUCCUCGUCGGGAUCCCGGAAGAGGAAACGAACACGGAACAAUGCGACGGGACGACGAGCAAGAAUCAGCAAUCGGCCUCGAAUUCGACUCGAAGCUCCGUCACCAAGUCACGCAAGUCGCAACGAUGCACCGGAUGCCCCGGCUGCACCACGGACGCGCUCAGAGACACGCCUGCGUCCCUCCCUGACCCCGAUCACUUGAACCCGGGCGAGAGUAAGGUCAGGGCAUGGCUGGCGGACGUCAGAUCGACGCCUCAACGUUGGCGAGACGCGGAAGAGGCACGAAAGACCCUUCAAGAGAACACGAGAACGUUCAACAAGAAUUUGGAGUAUUUAAAGGAAUUGGCGAAACGAGAAUUGAACGAGAAUGAGACGAAAGGGAAAAUUCUCUCUUCGUGGAAGGAGAAUUCACGGAUGAUGAUGAGAACGUUUCAAAACGUGGCAAGAAGCGAAAUUCUCGAGACUGAUGAUCGGCACAGCGUGUCGAAACGUUCCACCAAAUCGAUGUUCGAGGAAUCGAAUUAUCAUUCGUUGAGAAACGGGGAUGCUUCGAUCGGUGGGGAUGACGCGAUCAACACCAAAGUGAGGAAAGCCAUCGAAAACUCGUUCGUCAAACAGAUGGAGGAGAACGCCAUUAUGGAGAAAGGGACGGCGGUGAAAGAAGAGAAGAAAGAAGAGAGGAGCACCGCGGUUCUUUCUCGCGGCGAUGAAAAGGAGGAGGGAGGAGUGAUGAGGGAGGAUUCGUUGGGGGAACGAACGAACGAAUCGAGUGAAAAUUCGAAGAAAGAAUUGCCGGAUAUGAUCAACGAGCUUCCGAAUGCUAAAAACACAGCGAAACGUAUCAUGGAUGCCGUUAUACGUGAAAUGGUUGACGCAAAGGUGUUGGUCGAACAUCACUCGAAAUCGGAGAAUAUAGCUGAUUACGAAGUGGAUAGCCUGGAACGGUCGAAAUCCAGCAGGAAAUCGUCCAAUUCGCCAGAUCAAUCCACCGAUCAAUCGAGUCCAGCUUUGUCCACGGCUCUGCCGAUGGACGAAGAAUUGACGAUGCAAAACGCUGUGAUCAAUCCAAGAACCGGGGAGAUGAUGAUAUCGAAUAAAUUGAAUAAAGAUAUUUUCGAAAGGGGGUAUUAUAAUAAUCUACCGGAGCUAAUCUCUUCUCAGAAAUCGGAGAGUUAUUCCCUCGUUAGCGAGGUGUACGUGAACGAUGGCUACGACAGUCCGGCCUGCAGCGACGAUUCCGGGCCAGAGAUUCAAUACGAGCCCGAGAAUCCUGGACAUUUGACCAUUAAGGUACAAGAUUCGCCCAAGAAUUACGUAAAACAGGACGAGUCUGAGUACGAACCGGAUACGUUGGACAGGAAACCGAUGAAGUUGAAAAUUAACGACGCCGCGAGUUACGAAAAAGACGUACCCGAUGAGAUCUACGUCGAUUCUCUGGAAAGGCCUGCUCAAAUCCUUCUCAAAAGCAAGGGUAGCUUUCGCGAAGAUCAAGACUCGGGGAAAAAUGGCCCUUGUCUGCACCGUGGCUACGGAAGCCUUCGAGAGAUCUACGAGGCUAGGCUGAAAUCCAAUUCCAAGGAAUUGAAUAACAGCACCAGAUCGUUGAACGGCCAUUUAGAGGAUUCCGUAUCUUGGAAGAAAUGCAAGUAUUUAACACCCGAAAUAAGACAGUUGAAAAGACAACGACAACCGAGCAACCAACCGGACGUGGUACCAUUACCGCCCACGGAGGACAUCUAUCAGCAUUCGAAACCCCCACGGCGUGUGAAAGAUGCGAAAUUAUCAUCGAACUCUGCGUCAAAAAACGGGUGGGACAGGAGUCCUGCCGAAGCGGGUGACCCUACGACCAGCAACGGUUCUCCUGUCCCCUGUGACCAUUUCCACGUAGGGGCCACUGAUUGUUCUUACUCCGACAAGUCUCAACGACAACAAGCCGAUGAGUCGAUGACAAAAUGCAAGCAUCAAUUGAUAGAUCAAACGGGAAACAAUUGCACGCGAGAAAAGUCAAAGACUAAUUUAUCCGCGUCAUGGUACAACUCUCUCAUUCAAAAGGAUAAAAAGAAAUUUUUCGGCCAAUAUCACAAUGAACAAGAUUUCCAAAGAAAACAUCUGACAAGAGCUUCCAAAAAUAGCGAAUCCAUCAGCAAUUCCACGAAUCAUUUGUUCGGGUAUCAACCGCAACCACGAAUGAAAGUAGAAGAUAGCGGAUAUUUAAGUAGCACGGAUAGUAAUGGGUCGCACAAACAACUGCUGAAACACGAAGUGAGUAGCGUCUCGGAAACUGAUGAAACCGAAUCCGUCUGUGAUGGAGCGAGCGAGAGCGGUGCAGAAAGUGUUGGAACGGACAGUGUUUUCUUUGGAAAUUUUCGCAAACUUUCAAACGUGUCUAAUUUGUUGAAAAAUAAUGAUUCAGGGAUGGAAAUUGAAAUGAAAAACUCUUACAUUCAACCAUUUUGUGCCAAAAAUGAGAAUAGAGGUUUAGAAAGAUCAAAUUUUAGCACCAGCGAUAGCGAGACUGAAAGUUUUAUCACGGUUCUUCCGCCGUGUGGAUCUAGAGAAUCAGUUUAAUUAUGUAUGAUAAGUAAAUAUUAAAAUUAUAUAUAUAUAUUUUUAAUGAAACCUUAAAUUAGAAUGGUACAUUAGAAUAGAUGGUAAUUAUUAUGCCUGUUUAAUGAUCACAAUUAAAAAUUG